AUGGCCGAAAUCGAAUAUAAAAAUUUGAGAGAAACGUACAAAGAUAUAUUAAAGCGUUUUCCGUUUAAACCAAAAUUAGAAAAACUGACAGAUUCUGAGAUUUUCAUAUGUGACUUAUUCAUUGAUCUUAAUGAAUUUUUCGCAAACGACAAAACUAAAACUAAAGCUCGGAUUUUCCGAAUUUACGGCGACAUAAUUCGGCUUUCGAAUAAUCUAAAAAUUCCAUCUUCUGCCGAAAAUGGUGUUAUGUUAAUAGUAGCAAGACGUUUUGAAAUUGAAAAAGAAUACCAUAUAUCAGUUGAUUACAAAAAUUAUUUUAGAAUUGUGGUAUAUGCUAUGGAAAUGCCAUUUGAACUUAAAAUUAUUUUAAAAAAUCAAACAAUCACAUUUAAAAUUACCGAUUCAAACAUUGGUAAAUGUCUAACUUUGUAUGGAAGUGAACAAAAAUUUGUGGAUAUAGAUAUUUUUGACAAUGUUAUUCUUAAAAGAGAUCCAUUUUUUAAAAUACUACGCUUCUCUUUACAAAUUGCGACUGCCUUAUUCUAUGAUGAAGCAAAAACUGAAAUCAUUGAAUCAAUUCUAUCUUGGAUUAUUAAGAUAACAAAAUCACAAUCUGAACCAUACUCUGAACUAUAUCAUCAAGCAUUAUCGAUACUUACUCAACUUAAUAUUUCGAAAAAAAGAAGGGAAAGUAAAUUUUCUUUUAUUCCAUUACUCAAUAAGGAAAUUUACAAGGAGCGUAUUGAAAAUUUUAUAAAUUUUGCAAUAUCCUAUGAAGAUAAAUAUAAUAAUGUUCUAGAUGGAAAGUAUACAAAUGAUUUGAAGAAAACUGAGUUCGAAACAUUAUUAAAAGAUUGUAAUGAUAUGACUAGAGUACAUGAACAUUUAAAAGGAAUAGAGGAAGCACGUUAUAAAUCAUCACUUAAACUGAGGAUAAAUGAAGAAAUCGAAUUAAAGGCAUAUGAAGUGAAGGAAACAUCAGAGAGUUUUAAGAAUGGAAUUGAAGAAUGGAAGAAACUGCAAGAGAUUGAAGCAAGAACAAAUAUGGUAGCUGCUAUUUUUGAUUUGGCUGUAGGUGUUGGUAAAAUUGUUGUACAACCUGGUGGUAUAGUUGGUUUUAUUGAAACUAUAGAAAAGACUUCUAGCUCAAUUAAUGACGCUUUGAAUGCAGCUGAUGCUGUAAAAGGUGUUAUAGACAUAAUUGAUAUGAAGAAUAAUGAGUAUGUAAAGCAAUUGAAGGAUGUAAAUAAUAAUAUCCAGAAAAUUGAGGAUAUUAAGAAUGAACUAAAAAGCCAUUUUAUAAAGGCUGACAAUCUAACUAGUGAAGUGGAGAAAGAACAAGAAAGCAUUCAAACUCUGAAUAUUAGUAAACUUGCAGCGAUGCUUGAAACAGAAGAUCGAAAAGGAAUCCAUUUGAAGGCUAAAUGGAACUCAAUUAAGAAUGAUAUGAGACAAUUACUUAAAUAUCCUGUCGACAAAGGUAUAAGUGGUGCAAAUGAUUAUUUAAAUUCAUUAGAAAAUCUAUUUAUAUACAUUGAUGUGUAUAUUGAAGCAAAGAUUGAAGAAACAGAAAGCUUUAAAGAGUAUUCACGAAUUAAACUGCAAGUAGAUGCAUUUGAACAAAAGGAACAACGCCUUAAGGAAUUAAUUAAAAAUUAUGAAGCAAGAGAAGAUUAUUAUAACGAAAUCGCUCUCAUGCUAUUUGAGCGCCUUAUUAAUACUAAAUUUUGGAUGUCAACAUAUAUGGAAAACUAUCUUUAUGCCACUUAUUAUUGGUCACUUUCUAAAUCUAAUGUUAAACUAUCAGUGAUAAAAAAUAUUGAACAACAUAAAAAAGAUUACCAUACAAUUUAUGAUGAAUUAGAAAGCACUUACAUUAAAUUUCGAGGAUCAGCACAUCCUUCAAAGCAUAUCAUUCACCUUGAUGGAGAAUAUAUUAAAAAAUUUAAGAAUGAUAGAUUUGUUACAUUCGAGAUUUCAUUGAACCAUGAAAAAUUAUUGACAACCCAGCAUGUACGACUUCAUGAAAUUAAAGUAUUCCUGAAUAAAGCUGGAAAUGAUGACAAUGAAAUAUUUCUUUAUAUUAGUAACACAGGUGAAUUCGCUGAUAAAUUUGAAAAUGAUGUGUAUUAUUUUAAAUCUGAACCUACAAGAAAUAAGGUGUUUAGAUAUAACGUUUCAGGUGAAAUAUUAACACACGCAUUAUUUGAUGAUUCAGAUGUCUAUUUUGUUCCAACACCAUUUAGUCGAUGGACACUCAGACUCAAAAAAAAUUGUAAACCUGACUUAUCUGAGUUGGAGUCAAUCAAAAUUGAAUUAGAUGUAAAAUGUUAUUUUAAAGAUGACUAG